AUGUCUCUAGCGGAGUUUGAUGAGAUUAAGUACGAUCACAGUUGUGAUAGGUUAGAUAAGCCCUCUCGUUAUUUGAUCCGUAAGGCUAGACGUGACCCAGAUUCUGGAUUGCAACAGUUGAGAAAAUCUAUGAAAUCCUGUACAGUUUAUGUGGGUAAUCUAUCGUUUUACACAAGUGAAGAGCAAAUAUAUGAGCUAUUCUCCAAAUGUGGCACCAUAAAAAAGAUUAUCAUGGGUCUAGAUAGGUUCAAGUUUACGCCGUGUGGAUUUUGUUUUAUUAUAUUCGAUAAGAUGGAAGACGCAUUGAAUUCUAUAAAAUACUUGGGUGACACGAAGUUAGAUGACCGUCAUAUAACCAUUGACUUGGAUCCUGGGUUCGAAGAGGGAAGACAGUUCGGUAGAGGUAAGAAUGGUGGUCAAGUUAGUGAUGAGAUGAGAUUCGAAUUCGAUGCGUCCAGAGGUGGGUUCUACACUCCACUUGAGAAUAGAAUUGGAACAAAUGCCAACUUCGGGGCCAGAAGAGUUAAAAACAUUCCAAUACAGCAAGAGGAUGAAGAAUAUGAAGAAGAUGAAGAUGCUUACAUUCCAGGCCAAUAA